GUUUUGUCAACAGAGUCCAACUAGCCCCUCGUUGGUCACGAUGCUCCGCUCUGCCCUUCGCCUUCGCCUCCGCGGCGCCCGCGCCAUGUCUUCGUCGUCUGCGCCCAGCCUCGUCACAGUCGAGAAAAAGGAUGGCUUCGCCAUCCUGCGCCUCAACCGCGCGCCCGUCAACUCGUUGAGCAUGGAGCUGCUUCUCGCCAUCGACGAGGCAAUUCAAGCGCUUGAGAAGGACAAGGCUAUCAAGGGCAUGAUUCUGUCGUCGACCAACCCCAAGAUCUUUUCCGGCGGCCUCGACAUUAUGGAGAUGUACCAGCCGCAGACCAAGCGCCUUGGCCAAUUCUGGCGUGCGUUCCAGAACACGUGCCUCCGCUUGUACACGACGCCGCUCGCGACGGUCGCGGCCAUCGAGGGCCAGAGCCCCGCGGGCGGCUGCAUGCUUGCCAUGUGCUGCGACUCUCGCGUCAUGGCACUCGGCGGGCCGCUCAUCGGCUUGAACGAGACCAAGCUCGGCAUCGUCGCGCCGUUCUGGAUGCGGGACGUGAUGCUCAACACGAUCGGCCACCGCGAGACCGAGAAGAUGCUUGGCCUCGGCCUCCAAGUGAACGCGCUCCGUGCCAAGGAGAUCAACUUGGUCGACGAAGCCGUGCCCGUCGAGCAGGUCCACGAGACGGCCGAGAAGCUCCUCGCCGAGUGGCUCUCGAUUCCGUCGAGCGCGCGCAAGCUCACCAAGGCCAUGAUGCGCGACGAGACGGCCAACCGCCUGCGCACCCGCCUCGACGAAGACCGCUCCAACUUUAUCGACUUUUGUCAAACCGACAAGGUGCAGAACGCGAUCGGCGGGUACCUCGCGAUGCUCAAGAAGAAGCAGGAGGCCAAGGCCGCCAAGUAGCUCCUGUUUCAAUCCACUUGAUCGUUAGAGACUUCCGUCGACUCGAUGGCGUUGGCCAAAUGUCGCCGACCUUGGAAGAGACUCGCCAUCCUUCUCGCCAACACCCAUGGUACAUCAUCGCAUGCGCCCUUGCCUGUCACCUUU